CGCGCGGGUUUGUUGACAGCGGCGGCCGAUGCCAAUGCGAGCGCGAGGGAAAGAACGGGGGGAGCGGACCCCGGUGGGAACCACGCUCUCUCCGCGCCGGAACCGGAACCAGCUGCGAGGCGGAGCUUUGUUUCCCCCCCAGCGAGGCUGGGAGUCCGUUGGCUUGAAACAUACUUCAAAGUCCACUCAGAAAUCUCUUUGGAAGGACAUUCCAGGAAGACACCGGAAGAAGAAUUGCUAAGUUUGCUUUACGUUCUCCCUUCCCUCACUUCCCCUUUUCCCAUCCUCCACUGCCACAAGAUGGCUUCCGACAGCCCGGAGUCACUGAUGACUUUGUGCAUACAUUAUUGUCUUCACAACCUGGAAGAGACGCUCUGCUACCUGUUGGACAACGAAACAAUCCAACUCCACACAGAUAUUUUCCUUCCGAGUGAGAUCUGCGACAGGCUGGUCAAUGAGUACGUGGACCUAGUAAACGCAGACACCCUCUUCGAACACAGUGAAAACUUUUUCACCCUCUUUUCGGAUCCUCGGAGCACCCGGCUCGCCCGCAUCCACUUGCGAGAGGACAUCGUGCAGGAUCAAGACCUGGAAGCCAUUCGGAAGCAGGAUCUGGUUGAGCUUUUCUUGACCAACUGCGAGAAACUGACGGCCAAGAGCCUGCAGACCCUGGGCAGCUUCAGCCCCACCCUGGUCUCGCUCAGCCUCUUCGGCUGCACCAACUUCUUUUAUGAAGAGGAGAACCCAGGCGGGUGCGAGGAUGACUUCAACCCCACCCGGCAGGUCCUGGUGAAGGACUUCACCUUUGAAGGCUUCCGCCGUCUGCGUUUCCUCAACCUGGGGCGGAUGAUCGAAGGGAUCAAUGUGGAAAGCCUCCUGCGGCCGCUGGCCUCCCUCACUGCCCUGGAUCUCUCUGGGAUCCAGCUCAAUGACAUCCACUUCCUGACCCAGUGGAGGGACAGCCUUGCUUCCUUAGUGCUGUACAACGUGGACCUCUGUGAGGAGCACAUUCAGGUGAUCGCACAGCUGCACAAGCUCAGACAUUUAGACAUCUCCCGAGACCGUCUGUCCAGUUAUUACAAAUUCAAGGUGACGCGCAAAGUCCUGAACCUCUUCGUGGAGAACCUGGGCAGCCUGACCUCCCUGGAUAUCUCGGGGCACACCAUGCUGGAGAACUGCACCGUCGCCUGCUUGGACGAGAAAGCAGACCAGACCAGCACCAACCCGGCAAAGAGCAGCAUUGCCCCGUUCAGGAACCUGAAAAAACCCCUGCAGUUCUUGGGCCUUUUUGAAGUCUCCCUUUGCCAUCUCUCGCACAUCCCAGCCUACAAGGUCACGGGGGAUAAGAACGAAGAGCAGGUCCUCAACGCCAUUGAGGCGUACACCGAGCACCGGCCUGAGAUCACGUGGCGAGCCAUCAACCUCCUCUUCGACAUCGCCCGCAUUGAGCGCUGCACCCAGCUCCUGAGAGCCCUCAAGCUGGUCAUCACUGCCCUCAAGUGUCACAAAUACGACAAAAAUAUCCAAGUCACGGGAAGUGCCACGCUCUUCUACCUCACCAACACCGAGUACCGCAUGGAACAGAGCGCCAGGCUACGGCAACAGGUCAUCCAGGUGGUGCUGAACGGCAUGGAGUCCUACCAGGAAGUCACCGUGCAGCGGAACUGCUGCCUCACCCUGUGCAAUUUCAGCAUCCCCGAAGAGCUGGAGUUCCAGUACCGACGGGUCAACGAGCUGCUGCUGAACAUCCUGAACCCGACGCGGCAGGACGAAUCGAUCCAGCGCAUCGCCGUGCACCUCUGCAACGCGCUGGUCUGCCAGGUGGACAACGACCACAAGGAGGCCGUCGGCCGGAUGGGGUUCGUCAUGACCAUGCUGAAGCUAAUUCAGAAGAAAUUGGCGGAUAAAACAUGUGACCAAGUGAUGGAGUUCUCCUGGAGCGCCCUCUGGAACAUCACCGACGAGACCCCCAGCAACUGCGAAAUGUUCCUGAACUAUAGCGGCAUGAAACUCUUCCUGGAGUGCCUGAAGGAGUUUCCAAACAAACAGGAACUGCAUCGCAACAUGCUGGGCCUUUUGGGAAACGUAGCCGAAGUGCAGGAGCUCCGUCCUCAGCUUAUGACAUCCCAGUUCAUCAGUGUCUUCAGCAACUUAUUGGACAGCGAAGCUGACGGGAUCGAAGUAUCGUACAACGCCUGCGGGGUCCUUUCCCACAUCAUGUUUGAUGGGCCAGAGGCCUGGAUGAUCGCUGAGCCCCCCCGGGAGGAGGUCGUGAACCGAAUGUGGGCAGCAAUUCAACGCUGGGAUGUCAAUUCCAGGCGAAACAUUAAUUACAGAUCCUUUGAACCAAUUCUGAGACUCAUCCCUCAAGGGAUCUCUCCUGUCAGCCAACACUGGGCAACGUGGGCCCUUUACAACCUCGUUUCUGUCUACCCUGACAAAUACUGCCCCCUGUUGAUCAAAGAAGGGGGGCUCCUCCUCCUGCAGGACAUGAUUCAAAUGGCAUCAGCACGGCCAGAAACCAAGGAGAUGGGAAGGAAAGUCAUCGAGCACUGCAAUAACUUCACGGACGAGAACAUGGACACCUCCAGAUAGAGGCGACUGUGGCGCCCCAGGCCCAGCCAGCGCUGCAUUCGCCUUCCCUCGAGUUCACGUGUACAUAGGUUGGACUUUCUCACCAGCUUUGCUCCUGGAAGAAUCCUGGGGUGUGCGGGGGGGUGUCAGGAGCAUGCGUACG